CGGGUCGAUUUGCGGCCAGUCGCCAUUAGCUUUAGCACAAGCGUUCCAACGUAGUACUUUGUUAAACGACGGGUCGUUAUUGUCAAAUAAAAGUGCGCAUUCCGACUUUUUUUAACGUCUGAACGGGCGAAAUCAAAACCGGAUCUUUUGGAUUAAAAAAAACAUCUCCAGCAUUUCUUUUCCAGUUCCAGUACAUCAAAAUUAAAGAAAGCAGAAUGAGCAGAUACCGCGAGUGGGACUUGGCAUGCAAGGUGUACGUCGGCAAUUUGGGCAACAAUGCGUCCAAAAAUGAGUUGGAGGAUGUCUUCUCGAAAUACGGCCCGCUGAGGAACGUCUGGGUGGCGAGGAAUCCUCCGGGCUUCGCUUUUAUUGAAUACGAGGACGCCAGGGACGCCGAGGAUGCUGUCCGCGCCCUGGAUGGAACUCGAUGUUGUGGUACUAGAAUUAUUGUGGAAAUGUCAAAUGGGAAGACACGUUCAGGACGUGGUCGCAGGCGUUCACCAGCUCGACGUUCGAGGUCAAGGUCUCCAUGGAGGAGGAGGAUGUCGUCCAGAUCCCGUUCUCGUUCGAGGUCGCAUAGUUUUCCUUUCCGUCGCUCCAGGUCAUACUCGAGGGACAGGCGCUGAAGAAUGAAAGGAUCAUUGAUGUUUUUAAUGUAAUUUAGCGAUAAGCCAAAAACAUCAAAUUUAUUUGUCUAAAACUGUUUUCUUCUUAUUACAGUUUCGAUCUAGAUAGA